AUGCGCUCCACUCCUGUUCAAACUACUCUAGUUUCAGCUUGUAAUCAAAGUGAUUCUUAUCUUGUACAACUAAGCGACGACGACGACGAGCACUUGAACGUGCUAAGCCCCUCAUACGCAUUUGAGGACCUCGAAAUCAGCACCCAGUCAGCUGACUCGGAUGUGCUGACCAUGUACAAGCGAGUAGAUCGGAAAAUCAAACCCGUUCCAGGAAUAUUUCCCGAGGAUGCUCGCGUAAUUAGGAAAUUCCCAGAAAACCCCUUAGAUUCAUUGCCGAUGUUACCCGUCACGCCGCCAGACUUCAAACCGACAGUGAAGUUUACGGCAGAACGACUAGGCAAAAUUGGGGUUAAUUCAGAUGGCUUUCUGUGGCCGGAAGAA